AUGGAUCACAGAAAUCAAACUUUGGUGACCAAGUUUUUUUUUUUUUUGGUGGGAUUAACAAAUCACCGCCACCCGUACCAGAUUGUUCUCUUUCUGAUAUUUCUCUUUGUUUAUCUUGUCACUCUUCUGGGAAACUUGGAGAUGAUCAUUCUCAUUUGGAUGGAUUCCAGACUCCACACUCCCGUGUACUUUUUUCUCAGCCACUUGUCCUUGGCGGAUGUCUGCUCCUCUUCUGUUAUUGGUCCCGAGAUGCUGACCGACAUCUAUGUGGAGAAAAAAGUAAUCUCUUUUUUUGGUUGUGCUGCCCAGUUAUGGGUUUUUGGUCAUAUUGUAGUCACUGAAUGCUUCUUUCUGGCUGCCAUGGCAUAUGACUGGUAUACGGCCACUUGUAAACCCUUGCUGUAUACACUCAUUAUGUCCCAGCAGGUCUGCGUGCAGCUGGUGGUAGGGCCUUAUGCCAUGGGCCUCAUAAGCACUUUGACCCAUACAGCCUUCGCCUUUCACCUGCCCUACUGUGGCCCAAAUAUAAUCAAUCACUUCUUCUGUGACCUUCUUCCGGUUCUCUCCUUGGCAUGUACAGACACCCAGGUCAACAAAUUUUUACUUUUCAUCAUGGCGGGAGCCCUGGGAGUACUCAGUGGUGUGAUCAUCUUGGUCUCCUACAUUCAUAUUGUCAUUGCCAUCCUGAGUAUCCGCUCUGCUGAUGGGAGGUGCGAAGCCUUCUCCACCUGCUCUUCACACCUGACAGCCGUCUCCAUCCUGUGUGGGACUCUCUUCUUUAUCUGUGUGCGUCCAAGCUCUAGUUUCUGUCUGGACAUCAAUAAAGUGGAGUCCCUAUUUUACAUUGCAGUGAUCCCCAUGUUGAACCCACUUAUCUACAGCUUGAGAAACAAGGAGGUCAAAGAUUCACUUAGAAGGAAGUUAGAAAGGAAGAAGUUUCUUAUAAAUAAGUAA